AUGACCUUGACGCACAAUGUGCCCCAGACAUAUCCCUUGGACAGUUAUCUUACGACGAUAAACGAGCUGCUCUCGCCGCGGACCCCGGAUCUUAUUCUAGGGGAGCAUAACCUACCGUUCGAACUGCAGCGAACUUUCGAAGCGCGGCUGCCGAAUCUCUCCGAAGAAAGUAAAGAAUAUCUACAGUUGAAAGGGGCUCUCAGAAUAGUUUCGAUCGACCUUCGGAAUGAGUUGCUCGCGGCUUAUAUCAAAUAUGUUCAUCCUCUCCUACCUGUCAUUGAUUUGCAAUGGUUUUUAUUAAAUGUCAUGGUCGAGGAUGAAUCCCGGUUCCCGAGCCCGCUUCUUCAUCAAGCUGUCAUGUUGGCCGGCAGUGCAUUUAUUGAGCAGGAAACUGCCGUCAAAGCCGGGUUCUCAUCACGGAAAGCAUUGCGAAGGACAUUAUUUGGGCGAGCCAAGCUUCUUUAUGAAUUCGAGACCGAACCAGACGCAUAUACCCAGAUCCAAGCAUUACUGCUCAUGAUGCAGUGGCAUGGAAGUGGGAGUGGCCACAAAGACCCGACAUACUGGUUUGAUCUCGCAUACUCCACAGCACAGCGCGUUGGUCUUCUUGGGAGUUUAGAAACAGGUAGCUUUUCCCACAAGCACAGGCUGUGGUGGUGUCUCUAUGUGCGCGACCGUGUUCUCUCCCUCGGUUUCCGUCGGCCACUACGAAUCCCAAACAGCGAUGUCACAAUGUCGUUACUGGACUCUACGAGAUACUAUUCCUCCGAACUAUACCAUGAACUCGUGCUGGUUAUGUUGGGAGAAGCAUCCGCCAUGCUCAGCUGGGAAAAUCAAGAGCGAAUGAUGCUUCUAUUCAUUCAGGAGAUUAAGCUUGCUCAUUGCGUGGGCGUCAUCAUCAAUCUUCUUUACCAAGAUGCUUGGUCGCCGUCGCCGUCGGGGGAUCUCCUGAAGGCCUGGAUCCAGGACCUUCCUGCCCCGGCACAUUAUUUCCCGCCAUCACUCUUGCGCGAUUGUCAUGCAGAGUCGCCGGAGAUUGUCCUCCUCGUCCACCAGGCUUUCCUUUAUCUCCUCCAUCUCACUGCGAUGUCCAUACUCUAUCAAGCUGCGUCGAGAAAAGGAGAUGGUAUCCAGACAACCCUUAUCUCGGAAAUGAGAGGCUUGACUUUGCAAGUCAGUGAGAUUCUCAAUGAGCUGCAUGACUGCAGGAUGCUUCAUUUUCUCCCUGGAAGCACUAUUACUAUAUUGAUUAUUAUUCUGGAGGCAAGCCUUCCUGACCUGAAGGUCUCGGAUGAUAUUGUGAGGAUGCAGGCUAUGUCGAACUUGUAUGCUUGCGAGGAAGCAGCUGGGCAUUUACUACAAACAUACCCUGCGGCUGAGAUUGUUCUCUCACAGGCGCAGAAUGCUCGAGGGCACCUCUUGGGCUUGACCUGCGACAGCUCACGUCCCUGUGUGCUCUGUACUCGCGCUGGACAUAAAUGCGAGACAUCCCAGCGCGCAGCGAGACGGAGUCGCAGACAAAACCCAAGGGGCAGAGAUUUGCAUGUGAAUUCCAAAAUACACAAAGCAAUCGCACCAGCGACACACAAAAAUUCCAAUCUCUCACAUGAUACUGAAGGAUCCGAGAUAUCUUAUGCCCCAGAGACCUCAACCUCCUAUCCGGAGCGCUCUCCGAAAGAGCCGCAGUCCGGUGCUAAUGCUUCAGCUAUUGACUUCGCUAGACGAGUCUUCAACGAGGAAGAAGCAGGCCGGACCUUAACCGGUGCAUCGAUCCCUGGUGAUACGGGAGAUCCUACAUUGGACAACUCAUUAUGGCAUUUGACAGAGGUAGAGCUUCCUCCAGAGGCCGUGAUGUUAGCCUUGAUCGACGUCUAUUUCGACCGAAUGCAAUGGUUUAUCUUGCUGUUCCAUGAGCCCUCAUUCCGGCAGACUGCACGCAGGAUAAUCUCCCAGACUUCGUGGAGACGGCAAGAUCUCAGUCCUACCAUGGCUGUCCUGGCAGUGGCUAUGAUCGGGCUGAAUUCUGCGCUUCCAGAUCAGAGAUGGCACGGACAUAAAUUGCUGCGAGAACACUCCGUUGACGGGAAGAAGUUGAUCCAUGGUUUGAUAAAUGAGAUACGACGGAAUCUACUCGAUAUCUCAAUUGACUGCCGAAUUGAAGCUGUCCAAGUUUGCUUCUUGGUGGCAUCUUAUUAUGUUUAUCAUAGUUCGCCGAGUAUUGCUUGGACUGUUUCGGGUAUGGCUGUGAGGUCCGCCUAUGCCCUCCGUCUUUAUACGAAAUCAGCACGAUGUGAAAGUCCUGUUGUGGAUGAGAUCCGCUCUCGCUGUUGGAACCAUGCUAUUGUCGGUGACACGUUUGCGUCUAUUAUCUAUGGGCGACCUUCGUCUAUUGAUACUGGACUCGUCGCUUUGCAUUCACUCAGAGACAUGGAUGACCUAGCCAUUGAUCCACUUCUUCUGAAAAAUGAGUGGAUAUCUGGCGAUGGAAUGCCAACAACGGCAGCUGGGUUUUUCGCGAUGAAAUAUGAGAUCUACAACAUCAUUCGACACAUUCUUUCGCGGUUCCGUCGUCUCCAAUUAAGGAAAGAAACAAUAGAAGAAGACCUUCUGGCAAUUGCAGAAGCCGCACAAGACUCGGAGGAACAAUUAAUCUCCUGGCGAAAAAGGGUUCCUCGAUUGUUCGAUUUCGAGUUUUGGAGCUGCGACAAUCGCCUAGAGCAGUUCCAACAGCAAAUCGAAGGGUUACCGCAACGCACUAAAUAUCAAGCAGAAACAAUCAUUUUGCAGGCUGCAACUCUCCAAUUGACAUACGAUGGAGCUCUGAUACAAGCUCAUCGACCUUUACUUGAGCAGAAAAUUACUGGUUCUUGCUCCCCCUUGGUGGUAGAUGCAAUCCACGAGUCAUUGAGAGUGGCCACAACAGCUGCACUACGGAUAUCUCGCAUUCCAGUCCUCCGUUUCAAGCAUCAUUUCGCCGAAUCCUUCGCUUCUCUGCAACAAUUUACUGCAGGAGUUAUCCUUUGCAUCCUGCCAACUAGCCAACCUUUUACUACAGCUGCGCAUGAGGCCAAGGCGGGGAUCAUGCGUAUCAUCCAUGCUAGCACAGCUUUGGGGCCCCACAAUCGUAUUGCCAAGCAGACUGCACAACUUUUAACGGAGUUGCUGAAAGUAACUAUCGAGCGAGAGAUGUCCGGUGCCUUGAGAGGUGGACUGGAGACGAAUCUUCACAAGGAUAUAGAAAGGGGUGCCAUUUCGAGUGUACAAGCGGCCCGUAUAGACCAUACUGGGCGUCAUUCCCCGUCCUCACAAGAUGUCCGCGAUCAUCCUCCAAUGUCAACAAGUCACGCGCCGUCCCAUUCGAGAGAGCCACCACACAUGCCCCAAGCAACACACGACCAUAGCGAAGCAAACAACCGACCAGUCCAAGCACCCGUCGAACCAUCUGAAUACCCGUCCGCGAAUAUCUUCGAACAACUUGACGAUACAUUCGGUGCCUUUGGUGAGCUCAUGUUCAAUCUGAUACCUGAUGACCAAAGUAGUGCGUGGAACUGGGGACGUACGGUCCCAUAG